AUGGAAACUCACACGCUGGCGCAGUUGGGGCGGGAUACUCUCCCCGCGUUCUCUGCGGAGUUCCUGCCGUCGUCCAGUGCGUUUUUCCCCUUUCGCGCAACAGCGCCGCCGCCGCGGGACAGGCGCGAGAUUCUCGUGGUUCACUCUCCACAAGAACUCGUCGCCUACCGGAAUGCUCGUCCACGGGUCCAACUCCCCGUCGUCGCCGUUCGCGCGGCUGGCCGAACGGAGGGCGGCGCGGCGGCGGCAGAUUCGACGGGCGCGUCAGCCUCUGAGUCAGGAACAGGCGCGGGCGACUCUGUCGACGCUCUGACCCACGCACAUGUUGACAGGUCGUCGAUGUUCUCUCGACGCCGCCGCAUAUCUCUGGUUCCCACGAUGGGCGGUCUCCACGAGGGUCAUCUGCAUCUGAUCCGCGGCGCCGCCUGCACAGGCGACGAGGUCUGGGUGACGAUCUUCGUGAACGCUUUGCAGUUCCACUCCGCCAAGGAUUUCCUGACGUACCCCGCGUCCAUCGACGACGACAUGAAGCUUCUGUCGCAGGUCCGAGUCGACCUCGUGUUCAUUCCCUCGCACUCGAGCCUCUAUCCGCUCGACUCUCGGCCGCACCUGAUUGCGGGGAGCGAAGAGCUCUACACCGUGCCGAGGGGCCGGGACAACGGCGACGCUCGCGCGAACGGUCUGCCGAACGCGACCGACAAAGAAGCCGACCGCGUGGUGCGGUCGCCAGUGAGCGGGUUCAAACUCGAGAGACUCGACACACACGCAGGCGAACGGGACGCGCUCGGCCCGACACCCGCCGCCUCCUGGAUUCCUCCGCAGCGGCUGUUCCGCAUGCGCGUCGAUUUUGAGGGCAUUGAGGAGGUGGAGGGCGAAGGCCGACGCCGCUCCGGCUUCCUUCGAGGAAUCGGCACUGUGGUGACCCAGUUGUUCACCUUGAUUCGGCCGACCUACGCGCAUUUUGGAUUCAAGGAUUUUCAGCAGGUUGCCUGCGUGAAGCGCCUGAUCUGUGGAAUGGGUCUAGAUGCACUUCUGCUCGCGCACAACACGUGGCGAGACUCCGACGGCAUGGCGGCGUCGAGCCGCAACCGCCGCAUGACCGAAGAGGACCGAAAAAAGGCGCGGAAAUCCUUCCUUCUUUUGCAGCACGUAAGUCGUGAACGCAGAGCAAAUCCG